UAAGCCAACAAAAGUAGUUUCUUACUAUUAACCAUUUUCUCGAUAUGGCCGCUAAAAAUGUAAAUAAAAUUACCAGUAUGAAUCCGAUUGCCUUAGCCAGAAUAUUAUCAAGGAGCUAUGUUCCGCACAGAUAUAUCCAUUAUUACAAGCAGCUAAGAAAACAAACUCAAAAGACGGUGCCAGACUUUUCAAGGAUCAUGAACAAAAGCUCGGCGACCAGUUUAAUAAGGGACGAGAUCGUAAAGAAAAAUAAUAUCAAUGCAGAAAAGCGAUACGAAAUUCAACAAGCUGCCGAUCAGGUGCGCAAAAGCAAUGAUAUGCUUAAGGAGCACUAUCUGCUGAAGCGUCAAGAGCAGGCGUCACUAAUUAAAGGUGCUUUGCAGCAGCUGCCUAUGUUGUCAAGAAAACUGAAUGAUAUCAUGGCCCGGGAUUGGGUGAGUUCCAUUCAAAAUCCACCCGUUGUGAAAAUCAAUAGAUGUUAUGGUCUCGAAACCAAAAGCAAUAUAGUUGACUAUAAGCCUCAAGUAAGUGGUUGUUUUAACCGUUGGCACAUGAAGAUUCCAUCCCAAAAGUUGGAGAUACCUGAUGAGAAUAAGACUCAAUCGAGCUAUCGAAGCCGCAAAUCCUUUAAAGUAUUAAAGCCACCCGAAGUAGAAUUGCCAGAGAAGAAGUUGCGCAAUGAAAGGAACGAACAGAAACCGACUCCAAUCAGUAAAAUUGCUAAGAAGGCUAUGCAGAUGUGGCAAAUCGGCGAUCGUAGAAUUCCUCGUUUGGACUGUUAGAAUCUGUGAUUAACAACUCCAUACGCAAAAUAAAUGUACUUAAUAAAUCUUACGACUUUGCUCAUUGAUUACAAAAAAAAAAAUGAACCUUAAAAAUCGUU